AGCACUAGGGAGGCGGAGCUAGAGCAGAGCCGGGGCGGGGCCACAGUACCUAGGGGCGUGACCAGAAUCAAGCUGAGCCGGAGGCGGGGCCAAAUGGAGCUUUGGCCUCCUCAUGGGCUUCCUGAGGCUCUUCCGAUGCUCUUGGGUCCUGCGGGCCUGGAGACCGGCCCGCCUGAAGCCCCACCCGAUCUGGGCCCGGCACGUGCCGCGAAGGAAGCGUUCUGGAGGGAGCCCCUACAAAGCUGUGAUUUUUGACAUGAGUGGCGUUCUCAUUCCUUCCCCAUCCGCAGUGGCUGCAGAAUGGGAGGUGCAGAAUCGCAUCCCUUCUGGAACAAUCAUCAAGGCUCUAGUGGUUGGUGGGGAACAGGGACCCUGGAUGAAACUCAUGAGAGGAGAGAUGACAUUGGCUGAAUUUUUACAGAAGUUUGAGGCACAAUACCCUGAGAUGACGAAGUCACCACUGCCAGUUGAUUCAUUUUUUUCUCUGCUGACCAGUGGACAAGCUGCGAAGCCAUUUUCAGUGAUGACAGAAGCAAUAAAUCGAAUCCGGGCAGAAGGCCUGAAGACUGCAGUUCUUAGUAAUAAUUUUUAUCUCCCCAAUGGGGAGAGCUUUUUACCUCUGGAUCGGAAACAGUUUGAUGUGGUUGUUGAAUCCUGUCUGGAAGGGAUCUGUAAGCCAGACCCUCGUAUUUAUAAGAUGUGUCUGCAGCGGCUGCAGGUGGAGCCCUCAGAAUCCAUCUUUCUUGACGACCUCGAACAUAAUUUAAAAGCAGCUACUCAGCUUGGCAUUCACACUAUAAAGGUGAAUGAUGCAGAAAGUGCCUUAAAAGAGUUAGAAACCUUUUUGGGGUUUCCAUUGCGGGAGAUCAUUCCAAACACCCGUCCUGUGAGAAAGACAAUGGAAAUUCCAAGCGAUUCCCUAGAGAAAUACCUCAAAAACCUUCUAGGAAGUCAAGCAAAAGUUUCAGGUCCCUUAGAACUCCAGCAGUUUAGCCAUGGGCAGUCCAACUUGACGUACUCCAUCAGGUUGGCCAGUCAUCACUUGGUCCUGAGGAAGAAACCGCCAGGAAAACUCCUUCCCUCUGCCCAUGCUGUGGAGAGGGAAUUCAGGAUAAUAAAAGCUCUCGGUGACGCUGGAGUUCCCGUCCCCAAAGUUCUUGACCUCUGCAGAGAUCCAAGUGUCAUUGGUAGCCCGUUCUACGUGAUGGAGUACUGCCCUGGACAGAUCUAUAAGGACGCCUCGCUUCCAGGCAUGGAGCCCAGCCAGAGGAAGGCUGUCUACACUGCCAUGAACCAGGUGCUGUGUCAGCUUCAUGGGGUGGACAUCCAGGCAGCUGCUCUGGAAGAUUACGGGCAGCAAGGGGACUAUGUUCAACGCCAGGUUCAAAUCUGGACCAAGCAAUAUCGAACCUCAGAAACCAGCACUAUCCCAGCCAUGGAGAGGCUCAUUGAGUGGCUCCCCCAGCACCUGCCCCAAACACAGAAGACAACGGUGGUGCAUGGAGAUUUCAGGCUAGAUAACCUGAUCUUUCAUCCAGAAAAGGCCGAAGUACUUGCCAUCCUUGACUGGGAAUUUUCAACAUUGGGAGAUCCUCUCUCGGACGUUGCCUGUAACUGCCUCACUCACUAUUUGCCAUCCAACUUUCCUAUCAUAAAAGGUGUGAGUGAUUUGGAUCUUACUCAGCUAGGAAUUCCUACUGCCAAGGAAUAUUUCAAAAUGUAUUGUGACCACAUGGAGAUCCCUGCAGCUGAAAACUGGAACUUCUAUAUGGCCUUCUCCUUUUUCCGAAUGGCCGCAGUCCUGCAAGAAGCGUACAGACGUUCUCUCAAAGGUCAAUCAGACUCAGCUCCUGCAGGACAAAGUGGAAAACUGCCCGAGUUCGUGUCUAACUUGGCAUGGGACUUUGCUGUGAAGGAGGGGUUUCGGAUCUUCAAAGGGAUGCCAAGUACAAGGCUGUCAUCAACAAGGUCCUACUGUCAGUGGGCUCAUCAGAGGCCACCACUCACCCCCAGUGGAACAAGAAGUUGGGCCAUCUUUUCUAAGGUACCUCAUACUCCUGCCUCUAAAGGGAUCCUGAUUAUCUCUUCAGAGGCCCUUUCAGAACCAGUCAGGGAUCCAUAUCACAGACUGGAGAGAUUCAUAGAAAGCCACCCCUACCCAGAGAUCCAUCUCCCAGAAUGAAGAAGAAAAAAAAGUAAACUACCUUCUCUUCUGGGGUCCUGUUUGGUCACUAAUUACCCAGGGUCUCUUCUGUGAUUUUAUCUUAACUUUGUUCUAGUUAUUGUAUGUAUUGUUGUCCUGGUACUACUUAUUUGAACCUGCAUCAGUUUAUAGUUUUCUUGCAUUUCUCUGAAUUAUUAUUAUUAUUAACUCUUUCUUUCUGUCUUAGUAUCAAUUAUAAGACAAGAUUGGCAAGGGCUAGGCAUUUGGGGUUAAAUGACUUGCCCAGAGUCAUAUAGCUAAGAAGUUUCUGAGGCCGUAUUUGAACCCAGGUCCUCUCUAUCUACUAUGCUACUGAGCUGCUGCCCCUUCUCUGAAUUCUUGAAAUGUGUGUCUUUGUGGUGCAUUAAUGCUCCAUUAUCUCACGUACCACAGCUGGCCUGCCAUCUCCAAUCCCUGGGCGUCUCCUUGGUUACUAUAACAAAACCCAGGAACAUUUUGUCAUUCAAGGGACCUUUCAUUCUGUCUUUAAUCUCCUUAGUGGAGAUGAAUCCCACCAGCAGCUAGAUCUUGGAGUCAUGUUCCUGUGUGCCCUAGAAGUAUUUGCUUUCAGUCUACUAAUGUUCAUUACAUACUACCAUGUGCCAGGCCUUGUGCUAAAUUCUAGGGAUAUAAAAAGAGACAAAAGAGCUCAUAUCAUAGUCUAAUGGGGGAGAGAACUGUAAACCUUAAAAUUUCACAGACUUAUGAAUGUUAAAAAUUUUACUCCACAUUGAGGAAUCCUCCAAUUCCCUACUUGAAAUAAUUCCCUACCAGAUAGUGAGAACUCUACUUGAAUGUGAAAACUCCUUGCUAUGGGAGUAUCCCUACUCCACCCCUACUUAAAACUGCCUUAGGGGAGAAAAAUCCUUGCUAUGGGAGGACCUCGAUUCCACCUGUACUUAAGACUGCUUUAGGGCAGAAAACUCCUUGCUAAACAAUGAAAGUACUUGAAAACCAUACUUAUAAAGGAAAGGAGUUCUUUGAGCCAUGCCUAUUUUUGGAAUUGAUACAAUGGGAUGCUAGGUACCUAUAAAGGUGGGGCAACUUGUAAACUACUUAGACCUAAAAGGUGAAAAUUUACUCAGAGGUUUUCUCUUAAUGAAAUUAGUCGACACAGCAGCAUUUUUUUCCUGACUUACUAAAGAGAUUAAUCUACUCAGCUGUGAAUUCAAAAUGGGCUGUCGUUUGGAAAACAUCUACAGUGAUUGGUAGAUGGAAGAACUUAGGGGAGGUGAUAUAGGAGAUUUUGCCCUUAAAAAUGAGAGCUCAGAGAAGAGCUGGAGGUCAUUCUGAAACAUUCAGAUUGAGGAGGACUCAUUCUGAAACAUUCAGAUGGAGGAGGGAGCUGGUGAAAGCAGCUGAGAUGAUGCUGGCCUGGUGUCACUAGAAUCCUUGCUUAGGUAGACCUUGUGGUGAGUGUUAAAAGACUGACUGACUGAUCUCUCUCUCUUAAGACUCAGUUCUAGACCAUGUUGGCUUAAGGCCCUUCAUACUUAUUUCCUUUUUCUCUCUUUCUCUCUUUUCUUUAAUUCCACAUUUGUAUUAAUUAAAAUCUCUAUAAAACCA